GCAGAGAUGGCAACGUGGAGGUAAGCGGAAAUGCAAGGGAGUGUGAGUUGGUGAGAGGAGGAGGUUCCCGCGAGAAGCUUCUGCACAAUGCGUGUGUGCUGGCUAGUGAGCAAAGAUAGAAGCUGUCAGCGAAUUAAACUGCCGCACUUAGAAAUGGUGGUGAUAGGGCGUGGGCCUGAAACAGAGAUAACAGACAAGAAGUGUUCACGAAGACAAGUACAGCUAAAAGCAGAUUACAACAAAGGGUACGUCAAGGUUAAACAGAUAGGAGUCAAUCCAACCAGUAUUGAUCUAUUGGAUGUUGGCAAAGAUCAAGAAAGUAAACUGAAGCCAGGACAGGUUCUUCAUAUUGUCAAUAAAUUGUAUCCAUACACCGUACAAUUCUUGGAGGAAAUGGGCACAUGUAUUGGUCGGGAAACCAAGAAACUCCAAAGUGAAAAAAGGCCACGCAGUGAACCUGAGAACAAAAGUGUGGAAAAUGUAUCAGGAAAACAAAUCAAAACAGACCAAAUGGAGCCACAAAACUACAAUUUGUGUAGUGAGGUGACAGAUGGCAGUUCCAUUUCUUCAUUUGAAAGCUCUUCUAGCAAAACGGAAUGUGUGCCAUAUUGGGCUCAAGGUCUGAAGGUUUCCAUGCAAAACCCAGACAUGCAGGUCUACAAGGAUGAACAUGUUGUAGUUAUAGAGGAUAAGUAUCCAAAAGCUCGCUAUCACUGGUUAGUGUUGCCCUGGGAGUCCAUUUCCACUUUAUUUGCGGUAACUCGUGAGCACCUUGAGCUGUUGGAACAUAUGCACGUGGUUGGAGAAAUGAUAGUCCAGCAGUGCCCGGAGAAAGACAGGUUGCGCUUCAGACUAGGCUACCAUGCCAUUCCCAGCAUGAGCCAGCUCCAUCUUCAUGUCAUUAGCCAAGACUUUGAUUCUAAGUGGUUUAAGACCAAGAAGCACUGGAAUUCUUUCACAACCAAUUACUUCUUAGACUCCACAGAUGUGAUAGCAAUAGUGAAGAAGAAAGGAAAAGUCGCUGUAGAUAAGAGUGCUCUCCAGCUUCUGAAAUUGCCUCUGAAGUGUCACGUGUGCAAACAGCAACUGCCGACUAUCCCUCAGUUAAAGGAACACCUUAAAGAACAUUGGCCAAAAUGACUUGACGACUCUGGCUUUAUUCACGCGCUACAGUUUACUGAGUAUUGGGUAAAUUCAGUUCCAAUGCUCAUAUGCAAAUAUUGAUGCUAUUGCCUUAUGAAGUGUACCAAACACAUCAUCUAGCUUAAUGUGGCCAACAGUAUUUGGGGGAGGAGUGGCUGUUAUGGAUAGGAGGGACGUGGUAAUGUAGGAGGUUUGUACAAUGUUGUGCUUGUGCUUUUGCAGUGGAGCCCUCACCCACGGCAUCGCUGUGCCCUCUGCUAAACAAUUCAUUGUAACUAAUUGGCCAGCUAAAGUGAGCCCUGAUGUUGAAUGAAUCUUUCUGCUUGUUAUGUAGUAACUGUUUUAGCUCUGAUGUGAUGGAAGGAGACUUAGUGCCCACAUUCAGGAUACUAUUCUACAUUUCAAACUGAACCUUAGGGUCAUUUUCAAAACUGGCAUGGGUAAGAGGUGAAAAACCCAGAAUAUACUUUAGUGAGAUUUGACUUGCAGCCUGAGAUAUCAGGAUAAUGUUUCAUGCCAUGUUGGAGGCAUUCCUCUGUUCUCCCAGUUUGAAUUUCAGCUUUACCGCUGUACUGAUUCUACAUCUGUGGAUGUAGCAGACAUUACAGUGUGAAAUCUGAGAUCUUAUUUCAAAAAGGAAUAUUACUUGGAAUUCUGUAUUUAUUUCAAUGUGUGUAUAUAUUGAUGUGCAAAGCAAUGUCUAUUAAACUCUACUCCUGUCUACA